CGAGCAGAGCCUCAUGAUCAUCGCAACCCUGCUGCAGCAUGCGCAUGGCUGGAUCCCGCUCUUUCAGGCCUCUGAGUGUCAGGGCUGGUACUGGAGAUGGCCUCACAGUGCGAAGAAGCGGUAAUUGCCGGAUUUCUCAAGAAAGUCGGGACUGGAAGAGAGCUGACCACGUAUCUUCUUUCUUCAACUGAAGCGCCCAUGAUACAGUAUGUUGUUCUUGAGUGCGCCCUAUCGUCGGCUCGCGCAACGGAGCCCGCUAAUCGUGUCGCUGGGCUCGACUGUGACUGCUAUCCAGGAAGCACGGUUACGGUACCAGAAGGUUUUGCUUGCCUGGCGCCGCCCCGUAUCUGCAGGCUGAAGCGGCUGCCUCAUGGUGCACAUGGGCGCCCUAGGCUGGCGAAUUUCCGCCGCCGCAGUGGGGUUGAGGGGGUUGAGAAGGCCAAGGCCGAGCAAACCCUGACCAAAAGUAAUCAGACCACCUUGCAUCUAAGCAAAAGCAAUUCUGCACUGCGAGGGGGACUUGCGGGACCACGAGAUAGCAGAGCUAAGCUAUCCUUCAUCGACACGUCCUCCUUUAGUACGCUGACACGUUCUGGCCCCCAUUGUUCGCCAACCCCAGUCCUGCAGGAGACCAUCAAACCAAGCGACAUUCACUUCCACAUGCGCGCGCGAUCCCACAAGGUGAUGAAGAGUCUUAGUUGUGAGGGUCCAGGGUGUCUGCACCUGGACCGAUAUCGACCUCCUUGGUGAUCCGGCAUACGAUAUCUGAAUGUCUGCUCGCCGACCACUCUAUAGACCCUCGCUCAUAAGGGUACUAUUUCGAGAGCGGUUGUCCUCUGAGUGUGGCUUUGGAUCGGCAGGAUCAGCGGGAUCGAAGGA